GGGUGCCUGAAGAAAAGUAACGGUACACAAUAGUCUUCGUCUCACUCAGCAUGAACCAGAGCUGAAGACCGGACCUAUAGAAUCCUUCUCCUAGUUUCCAUCAGAACGUGUCUUCACUGCUGUAAGCCCCAUCUGUCUAUCAGCAUCUGACCACAUUGAUUAUCAUCAUCUACUGAAGGUUGCUGUUGUGUUGACUCUGUGGAAGCAGCACGGCCACUAUGGGAACGGAUCCCAUCGUGCGGGUCGUAGUUCUUCUACUUGCGUACCUUCUGACGAUAGCUGGCAGACUUGAAGGGCAGGGAGUUACGUAUGCUGAUCCGGACGAGCUCCAGACGAGCGAGGAGGCGAUACUGCGUGAUUUGAACGCGGAAGUAUUUGAUGUAGCCAAUAGUGACACUCUUCCCAGGUCUGUAGGUGAUUCAGAUGGCCAUCCCGAUGCUGUCAAAUCUGCUGUGCUCACGGCUCGCACACUACAAGUAAACAACAUCAACAUCUGCGGUAAACGCUCCGUGAAGGUGAGAGAUGCAAGCCAUGUGGUGACAAGAAAGCGUAUGACACGCCAGACGUACAAAGGACUGUGCAGAGACCAUUCCAGCUCAGAACUGUAUGCAUGUGUACAGUGGAGACUUUCACCGCGCACAAUUCAGAAGACUGUCCGCAUACCUGUCUUGGAAGAGCAGAAUGUGUGUUGUAAAGGAUACUUUGGCGAGACGUGUGACCAGGUAGUUUCUAUUGAGGACAAUGAUGACCACGUACGGAGGUCACCUGAACAACAACAGCAGCAGCAGCAGCAGCAGCAGAGUCAGGCCAGCAUUGAUGACAAUCAAGCUGAGUUCAACAGCAAUCAUUAUGUGGCUCGUCAAGCUGACUCAUUGUCAGUCUCGACAACACUGGUACCCACAACCAUGCCGCAGGUCACUCAGUCACUCCCACCAACAACUGAGUACCAAUACUUGUCACAACUUGAGAGAUCAUCUUACCAUUCACUUUGUUCCAUGUGGGGAUUUGACCAUCUGCGUGCAUUCAACGGAAGAUGGGUGAACUUCACAGGUGGUUGUGAAUACACCCUAGUAAAACAUGACACUGUCGAUAUUGCGUUUGAAAAUGAAGACAGCUGUCUCAAGCAGAGGACUAGCUAUGGUUGUCAGCGAAAGCUGUUCUUCCGCCUGAAGCAGCGUGGUGAUACGACGGUGGAAGUUGUUGUGUUCAAAGCAAAGCACAACCCAAUCCCAAUUGCACAGACAGGUGGUCGUAAUCUACCCUUGCCAGCCAAGGUGUCCCACUCCUUCUUUGAGCAUGUUGGUGAUUACGUCAUCAUUUUCUCUAACACGUGGAAGAUCCUGUUUAAUUACAAAAGUGGCUCAAUCCAGCUCCUCUUUGCCAAAGAGAGCGUGGAUGGACUGUGUGGCGACAUGGCAAGCUUGCCCGGACAUAUUGCUGACGAUCAGAUUGGCGAGUAUGCAGCACCAUGGACUCGUUCCUCAGCAGACGCAUCGCUAUUCUGCACUCGUCCGGAGUACAUCCACUUCAAGGGUAGUGAUCCAUGUCAAGAUCCUCAUCUAACCGACCAGCAGCGCUUGGUAGCCAAGACAAAGUGCUCUGACAUUAAUGGCACAGCAUUCGCUGCCUGUCAUUCCCAAGACCAGGCUGUCCUAUCAUUGAACUUGUUCUUGGAGGCCUGCGAGAGAGACAUGUGUGCUGGUAUCCUAGAUGGCGCUGAUGUCAGUUCCUCACUGUGCUAUACAGUAGAGGAGUAUGCAAGACAGUGCAAGCUUGUCAGUGCCGCGGCCGCUGCUACACUGGAUUGGAGACGAGAGGAUUUCUGCGCUGCAAAAUGCAGCAAGGAUCAGCAAUAUCGUGAGUGCGGCUCCAGCUGCCCGCCAUCCUGCUCGGCGGUGGAUGCAAAUCCCAUGGACUGUACAGACAUCUGCAUUGAUGGUUGCGCAUGCAAGGAUGGUUACUUCUCUAAUGGCACACUAUGCUAUAAGCAGAGUGAUUGCUCAUGUUCGUAUAUGGGAGAGUACUAUGAACCCGGUGCCGUCAUUGAACGCAAGUGCAACAACUGCACGUGUGAAGGUGGGCGAUGGUCCUGCACCAGUAAAGACUGUGGAGGUCAGUGUUCGAUCACAGGCGAUAACCGUGUGAUCACGUUCGACUCGAGCACAUACUCCAACCAUUUCUCCGAGUGUAGCUAUCAAGUGCUGGACUGUGAAGAGCUCAAACUGACGAUAGAAGCACAGUUCUCAGCCUGCCACACCGACCCAGACGCAUUUUGCAUGAGUCAAGUGAAAGUACUUCUCGGCGAGCAAGUAGAGAUCACACUGACAGGCUCCUCUCAGAUCAUCAAGGACGGAGAGCAUACACACUACGUCCUGCCAUAUUCAUCUCCUUCGGCAUCAAGUCUUGUGUCGGUUGUCAACGCGUCAUCACAUUACCGAAGAAUCACGAUCAAUUCUCGGCAUUCACCCGACGUAAUUGUUGAGUGGAACGGCAAGGAGCGUCUCUAUGUCUCCAUUAACAGCGCCUGGAAGUCUCCCACAGGAUCAACACAUAAGUGCAAGGGUCUGUGUGGCAACUAUGAUGGCGACACCCAAAAUGAUCUAAACGGACUGGUACCAGAGUCAUUUGUGGACAGUCAACGCACGGCAGAGAGCAAGAGCAAUGGACAAUGCACGCCAGCAAGCACUCCUGGACCGUGUCCAGACUCGGUUGAGAAGACAAAAGCCAACUGUGAACACUUGCUCCAGUCUUCCAAGAUCUUUGGCAAAUGCUGGAAUGUUGUGCCAAUCCUUGGAACACGGUUUGGCAGCUUCACGCAAGCCUGCGAAGAAGAUGUCUGCAACUGCCCGGAUCGUGGAAGUUCUUCCAGCACACCAGGUUUGUCCUGCUUGUGUCAGAGCUUGGCCACCUAUGCACACCUGUGUGCGCUGAACGGUGUUCGUCUCAGCUGGCGAGAGAACUUCCCGCAAUGCAAGAUCCAGUGUCCUGCAGAUCAGCGCUACAAGGAAUGUGCCCAACCAUGUCCAACUCUCUGUCCCAUGGUGUUGAGUUCUCAAGAGGAUCUAUGCAAUCACACCUCAUGUGUUGAAGGUUGUGAGUGUGAGACCGGUUAUUUCCGGGAUCAAACUGCUCUUGGACGAUGUGUACCACUUGAGGAGUGUUCGUGUGUCUACAAAGACAAGGCUUAUGCACCGGGUGACGUUGUUGUCAAGCAUGAUGGACCAUCGCCUACUAAAUGCGAAUGCAAGAAGGGUGUGUGGGACUGUGUCCCCUACGUAGCAGAUGAUAUGAACUGUCCGGCUGGCAUGACAUUCGAGACCUGCACAACACCUUGCCAAGCAACUUGUGAGAAUCGUGUUCCCAAGUGCUCCUCACUGGACUGUGUCAGUCGCUGUGCUUGCCCGCCUGGCCAGUUUCAAUACAAUGACACGAUGGGAGAAUGCAGGGCGCCUGCCAACUGUCCCUGUUUCUUUGGUGGAAAAUCGUAUGAUCCCGGUUAUGUCUACCCAAUGGGCUGCAAUAACUGCACGUGUGUGAAUGGUUCAUUUGAGUGCACGGAGGAGCAUUGUCCAGGAUUCUGCGCGGCUACUGGUGAUCCGCAUUAUGAAACAUUCGACGGCAUGCGAUACAGCUUCCAGGGGCAGACGAAAUAUGUCCUGGCGCAGAGCUCAGACUACUUCAAGGUGUUUGUCGAAAACGUUGCUUGUGGAGCGGAUGGAGUCACUUGCACAAAGGCUGUUGAAAUCCACAUCCCACCGUUCGAUGGCACUGGUACCAUUAUCAAGUUAAAGCAAGAGCUUGACAUUACCGUCAAUGGAAAGCCGGUCAUUGCACCAUACGACAUCUGCUCUAUUCGCAUAUUGUACAACAAUCUCUUUGUCAUUGUCCAAGACGUGAAGCGCGACUUCAAAGUAUCAUGGGACGGGUCAAUGCGUGUAUAUGUGGAAGUAGAUCCUUGCUAUGGGCACAGGAUGCAGGGUCUAUGUGGUGACUUUGAUGGUGAUGCCAGCAACGACUUGAGGGCCAGAAGCGGUAUUCAAGAAGCAAACGUGUAUGCUUUUGGUAACUCCUGGAAGGUGGAUGCCAAUGCAUUGGACACACCGUUGCAGUACAAGAGUGCAUGUGACUUGAAGGGCUCCUGGCGGAGAUUGUACUCUCAAAGCAAGUGCCAGCGAGUGCUACUGGCAGAUGAUUUCGCGGCAUGCCGUGAUGUAGUCGAUGUUUCCUAUUAUCUGGACCGUUGUGUCGAGUCCACGUGUGCCUGCGAUCUGCCUGGUGAUGGUAGAUGUCUGUGUACAUCCAUUGCACAUUACGCUCACGCGUGCGGACGCCAUGGUAUCUGCGUGAAAUGGAGAGAGCAGUUUGGUUGUCCAAUGCAAUGUACUGGUAGCAGUGAGUAUGAUCCAUGCAGCUGUCCUAACCGUUGUCCACUCACUGAUAGCGAUUGCACUCGCUCCGACUUCUAUGAAGGCUGUACAUGUCCCAGUGGAACCGUGUACGAUGGUAUGGAUUGCGUGCCAUGCCCAACAUGUUUGAGCACCACUCAGACAGCAAACGUUUCAGUAGGAAGAAUUGAACAAAGCAAUGGAGUUCUGUUUGAAUGCUUGGCUGGACAUUCUGCUAUGACACCACUCUGUGCACCUGUUUCUCAGCCAGUGUGUGGGCCUGGUCCUGAUUGUUCAGAUAUUGUUUGUCCGCUCGUCAGCUGCCCGCAGUGCCAAACACCUGUUUUGCUACCCCCUCCUGCCUACGUACCAGAACCGAGCGUGGAAGUAUGCUGUAAACAUAAAUGCCUUAAAAAACUAUGUACACCAUGCAACCGGACAGAUCCAUCGGGCAAUACAUGCAAACCGAGUAUGGUACCAUCGCCGGACCCAUGUUGUCCAGAUACCCCUGGAUGUCUGGAGUGCCCUGAUCGUCCAAUAUGUAGUUGCAAGUAUCACAGUGCCGUGUCACAAUGGAACCCACUCACUUGCUGUAAAAAUUACUUCUGCGCAUGUGACCCGCUGAAAUGUGAUGCUUUCAAAGCCGAACAUCUGCAAAAUGUGAUGACCAGCUUGCCGGCAGGAAAGUCUGUCAACCCGCUCGAUUGCCGACCGGGUCAGUGUCUGAUUGAGGAGACAGUAACAGCUAGGUCAUGUGGGGAUGGCUGCUGUACGUCAUCAGUCAAAGUAUACUCUUGUGAAUGCCGGGAUGGUUGCACGCAAGCAUGCCCAGAUAUCCUAUGUGACAGGUGCUACACAAAGAAGCUGGUUAGGCCUCAUUCAUCAAGCUUGAUUGGUGAUGACUGCUGUCCGCUCUAUGAGUGUGAAUACAAUCCAGGACCGACUUGUCCACUCCCCUCUUGUUCCUGUUCCGAUCAAUUCCCGGUGCCCCUGUCUGGUUUUGAUGCAAACUGCUGCGGCACGUUUGACUGUGCUUGCAAUGCAUCGCGGUGCGAUCAUUUAAUGUACGACUACAAAGUCAUGAAUCCACUGGCUGAUGGUCACUCCUACGAAGCCAACGCCACAUGGACAGGGGAUGGUGUCUGUGCCCAUGCUAACCGUACGGACAUCUCUACGGAAUGUGGCUGCUGUGAUAUUCCCAUAUACUCUGCACAAUGCUGCCCUGCGACUUGCCCGCCACGUCCAAACUGCUCCACAACUUGUCCAAGACAGCGGCUCCAGCUAGUGCGUGCUGCUACACAGAGAGGAAGAGACUGCUGUGAUCAAUACGAAUGUGUUGAUGUUCCAGCCACCAACUGCCCAACGGCAACCUGUUGUGAUGCUGCUGAUGUAGUAACUCUACCUGAUUUGUACAACACUACAACAUGUUGUAAUGAGUAUCGCUGUGACUGUAAUGCAAGCAAAUGUUCCGCUAUCCAAGAAGGGCUUUCAAAGCAGAUCAUCACUGAUCCCAAUCAUGAAUGCCAAGUUGGAUAUUGUCUAAACUCAUCGCGGGUCAGCAAUGUGUCACCCGGAUGUGAUCACUGCUGUUCUGCUACUGAGUAUACCUGUGUACCUGCUGCGUCACAUCCUGACUGCUCUAUCGGUGACAAGAACCUGCCAUGCCCAUGCCAGAAUGAAGAACGUGUUGUUCAGUACACCAACUCUUCCUGCUGUCCAGACUAUGUGUGUGUUUGUGUUGGCUCAGCACAAUGCGAUCAGCUGAAGACCGAGUAUAUCACUGACCGUCCUGACCGUAUCUUUACUGACAAUCACAACUGCAGUGCUACUAGCGUGGGUAGUGAGCUGGUCUCAUCGGGCACAGAACCCGUACCAAGUGGGUCCUGCCGUAAAGAAUGCUGCAGCAUUGAGUCCUACCGUUGCACGUGCAACGCAGAGCUAUGCCCGCCACAAGUGGAGGAGCAAAACCAGUGUCUUCAAAACGGCGGAAUCUGGAGCAUAAAACGCAAUGCCUCUCAUGUGUUUCCAGACUGCUGUCCAACGUAUGAAUGCGCGUGUGGCUCUUGUGCGGACCACCAACAACAGAGUGCCGAGCUGAUGCAGGAAUGCAUCAAAGUUGGUGGGAUUGUGGUUGUUGGCGGAUCACCAUCAGGCGUACCACCAGAUUGCUGUAUCCGGUCAAAGUGUGUGUGCCCAUGUUCAACAUGCCCGCAGCAAGCCUGCUCAUAUUGUCAAGAACCAGCCCAUGAAACGGAGAACGGUCUGUGUACAAACAGCAGUGUCCUUCCCAACCCUCAGCUGGCCACGUGCUGUCCCGAAGUGGCCCCAUGCGUGUCAAAGUGCACGGGUCCUGAGCCGUCCUCCUGUUCUGGUAGCAAAACUGUUGCGAUGGGCACAGAAGCUGAGGGGUGUUGUGACUAUUGUGAAUGCAGUGCAGACACUUGCUCCAACUGCCCUCCUGAACCAAGCGUUAUCUCCGCUGUGUGUCAACCGAUUACAAGCACUCUUGGUCAGUGUAACAGCACAGAGGAUGAAGCGGAAUGCUGCACUCGCUAUCAAGUUGGUAGCCCUGACUGUCCUCAGCUGGCUUGUACUUCGAAUCAAGUGAUUUCCGACGCUGAUUUCUUCACUGACAAGUGCUGCCCCAACUGCACAUGUGACUGCCUCUCUUGCCCAGCACCACCAACAUGUAGUGAGUGUGAGACGGCUGUACUGAUAGAAAAUGGCUACUGCAGCGACACAUCUGCAUCACAAGAUAAAUGCUGUCCAGUUUUCCAGUGCCGUACCACGUGUGCAAAUGCAUCUGCACAGCCACUGGCUUGUCCCGCACAUCAAUCUCUGGAGCGGCAAGAGGACUGUUGCUAUGAUUGUGCAUGCAACUGCUCAACUUGCGUUAUCCCCAAGCCUCAGUUUCCACUGUGUCAAGAAGUUGUGCUCACACAACUGGGGUUUUGCAGUGAUUCAUCAAGUGCUGGCGGUUGUUGUGAUCAAUAUGAGCAACGUGAUCUAUCGUGUCCAGACGCUUGUCCACUUCUUCCUGAGAUUGACUGGCAAACUGGACAUAAGUUCAUACCUGGCCGUGACUACAUACCUCAGAACUAUUCUUCAGGCCAAUGCUGUGACACGUGCACCUGCCAAUGUGAUCAGUGCAGUAAUGAAGAUGCGUGUUGUGCUAGUUUGGUGCCGGAGGUCAACAUCAAAGGUGUUUGCAGUGGUAAUGGCGGUGUGUCACACUGUUGUGAUGCCGUUACCUGCAAGUGUGAGGAGCAUGAAUUCCGGGGAUGUUCGGAUGCCAAGAAUGACACGGACAGUUGUGGAUGUGUAUCGGAACAAUGUGACUCAACCAAGGCACCUCGUCAAGAACUGUGCUGUUGUGGGCCUCUUCAAGUAUCUAGCGAUGCCACUGGACAACCUUGCGACUGUUUUAAUCAGACAAAGUGUGUAACUGAAACCCGCUGUCCUAUUGAUGUCAGCUUAUGGUCACUGGCGGACAUUAGUACUGACCACUGCCCAGCUGGCUUCAUUGCCAGAAAGACUCAACGCAGAUCUGACCAUGGCGAUGCAAGGUGUUCAGCAACCAUUUGUGAAGAGUGCGCUGAAUGUGUAUGUGCUGUUUGCGAGACACAAGUCCCAGAUGAUACCUGUCCAUCCGAUUGUAUGGGCUGCGUAAACAAGAUACGCCGUACAGCCGCCUUUGGCCAGGCUCUUGCCCUUAACACUACUGUGCAGUCCCCAUGCUGCGAGUCCUAUAGAGAAUGUGACUCGUCGCAGUGCACCGAGCCAAUGUGCGCACAGUGUGAGGUGGCCGUCAAAGUCAAGGAUGCUACGAAUGAUCCAAACGCCUGUUCAUGCUGUGAUGAAUAUGUUUGUCAAGCAUAUCAAUGUCCAAGUGUAGCUCCGAUGCCUAACCCACCUAUGCCCACAACAUGUGAGACGCAUUAUAACAUGACAGUUGAGGUGGCAUGUCCGGAUGAGCAACAACGAGAGUGCGGCUGCCAGUGCUAUGGAGUCCAGGAGGAUAUCACGGAUUGUGAUUGUCCCGAUGCUGAAUGGCACAGCAUCACGUCUUGUCCAGUCGGAUGGUGUCCAAGAAACGUGACCCUGGCUCUGACGUGCAAACAUGAGGUCUUGUACAAUUCCACAGUCAAUACCAGCUGUCCCACUUGCCAGAGUGAUGAAGAAGUAGUAAUCAAGGGUCAUUGCGGCUAUUGUAGAUCACCACCACCACCACCAGCUUGCAAUGUUAUCCACAUCUUCAAUGAAUCCAGCCUCACCUGGAGUACAGUGAGCUGCCCCGUGUACUUGCAAAGUCUACAAGUCGUUCCAGGUACCAUCAGCGAUGGUAUAAACAAUGGAUUUCCAUACGGGUGCAAUCCGUUUGAGAUCUGCCCUCCCCCAGCGCCUGUAUCACCACCGUGUGCUAACUCUUCUGUGAACCUUGUUGAGACGCGGAAAGACUUUGCACCGUAUCCAUCAUGCUGUGCCAGUGUCCGUGUUUGUGUCAAUGGAGAUUGCGACACACCUUGCUGCAAACCAGAGCCAAAGACCUGUGGUAAUUGUACAAGGCCCGUUCUUGAAGGGGCCAUGUGUCAAAGCCAAUACGUGUGUGAGCGUUACUGCAACACCACCAAGCCAUACUGUGCUAGCUGCAAUGCUUCGUCCGAUGUUCUCGUCAGCUCAUUAGAAAGAGAUGGUUGUGAUUGCCCGAUUGACAAGUGCAUGUGCCAGUCCUGUACCUACAAACCAAUCUGCUGCCCAGCGGGUCAAACACCAGUGAAGAUAGACGUUGUGGACGAUCCUGAGAACUGCAACUGUGAAUGUGGUACCAUGCAGUGUCAAGAUAAUUGUAAUGCAACAUACCAGGAUCGUCUUGCUGCUGCCAAGGUUUGCAAGAAUCAGACCAACUUUUCUCAAUUGAUGCAGAUUUGUUCAUCCAGUAAUGAGUCAUGUCCAGCUCUAGGUUGUUCCAAGGAUCUCUGUCCUCCGCUAACGUGUCCUCCUUCCAAGGUUGCCCGUUUGAAGCGCACUGCAAGUGGUACCUUCUCUUCAUCGGAUUGCGAUUGCUGUGAUGAGUAUGAGUGUGUUUGUGAUUGUGAACAAUGCUUGCCGGAUCCUCAACUGGAAUCCAACACUUGUCAACAAUUGAUAACGAACUGGAUUGGUAAAUGUGAAAGUGACCAGGCACCAGGUGACGUGUGCUGUUCAAGGAGAGUUGUCAGGAACCAAACAUGCGAUGAUCUAGCCUGCUCAAAUAUGAAUGAGGUGUACAUACCGGCAGACUAUUCAAGUGACGAGUGUUGUCCGACAUGCAAUUGUAACUGCAGCAGCUGUGAACCUGAACCGCCACUCACCUACCCGGCCUGUGAGUUCUGGGAGAUCACACCAAGCCGCUGUACAGGCCAAGAAGAUCAGCUUAUUAGCAGAGGAGACGCCACUCGUGACUGCUGUGGAGACUAUAUCCGCAGGGACAAAGAGCAAUGCGAACCUCUUGGUGCCUGCGACCUACCUGGUCAAGUGAUAGUACUAGCUGACAGAGCAAACGGACAAUGCUGUGAUACUUGCGGAUGCAACUGCUCAUCUUGCCCGUCCUCUAAAAUCUGUGGAGGCUUCGAUUGUGCUAAAACACCGUCCAUUUCAAGGCAUGGAACGUGCACUGGAGACGCGUCAUCUGGUCUAUGCUGUGCUGAGGAGACGUGCUCAUGCCUGUAUUUUGAUUUCUUCGGUUUUGAGGAGUGUCAGGAUACCAUCCUGAGGACAGACAGUUGCGGUUGCACGGUACCAGAGUGUGUGCUGCCCGGAGAAGUUGAAGAAUGCUGUUGUGGCUCACGUCGUGUCACGUCGCACGGUAUUGGCCUACCUUGUCAGUGUCAUGACACCUACUCAGACUGUGAAUACAAUUCAACAUGCCCUGUCCCAAUGGCGGACCAUGUCACACAGUAUGAACUAGAUCUAUACUGUCCACUGGGCUUUGUCGGUGUCAAGAGACCGGUGAUGUCCUCUGUGAUAAGUUGCCCUGCAGUUGCUUGUGAAGAGUGUGGGCAUUGUGAAUGUCCAUCUAGCUGUGUUCAAGAAUUCAGAUGUCCAUUUAACUGCACGGGUUGUGAGACAAUUACCAGCCGAGAUCCUCAAUCAGUUGGGAUUACACUGCCACUUAGCCUCACUCCUUUUGAUCCUGGAUUCGCAUGCUGUGCAAGUCAAAAGCAAUGUAAUCGUGAUUUGUGUCCACCACCUCCAACUUGUCAUCAGUGUAAUGAGCUGCAUACCACAGAACCCAGUGGGAAUGUUGACACAUGUGACUGCUGUCCAACAUACCAAUGUGUUCCUCGGGUUGUGAACUGCCCAGCUGUUCCCAUUCCUGCUCCUCUUCCGGAUGUCUCAGACUGUGGAAACUACACUGUUGAUAUUGUGACUUCUGGAGCUGAAUGUAUAUCUUCCAACUUGACCAAGCUGCAAAGGGAAUGUGCUGAAUGUUCUUGUCUUGUUCAAGAGACUGUGGUGGGAACAUGCAAUUGCUCAUCCCAGAACUGGACGACAGUGCCACUGUGCCCCGCUGACAGAUGUUCACCGAAUGUAACGGAGAACACGCUGUGUAAUGGUCGAAUGAUAUAUCGUAGUCGGCCCAAUGCAGACUGUGCACCGGAUACAUGUCCUGUUGACCAACCAUUGGUCUGUGACUCCUAUGGCUGCUGCUAUUGUACACCUCCACCACCGCCGCCGAGUUGUGGCAUUAAAGUGAUAUUCAACGUGGAGACAGGCGAUUAUGAUGAGAGGAGCUGUCUUCAGGAGCUUGUCGCUCAGGGAGCAGAUAUGCUGACCAUAUCCCGAGCUCAGAAGUGGGGUACUGAUCCUGGCUGUGCAGUUUGUCCGGAACAUCUCGCACCCACUACGCCAGCACCAUGUGCUGACCUUGCAAGUGAAAAUAUCACCGUCGAAGCAGUGCCUGCCAGCACUUUAUAUCCAGACUGUUGCAGGAACUUGACAUACUGCCAGCAUGGAGAUUGUGACGAUCUAAUUUGCUGCAAUGUUCAAGAGCCCAUUUGUGAUGAGUGCGAGUACGUGGAGAGCUACACGGACUAUCGUGGCUGUCCUGCUGCCCGCUGCACCAAGCGCACUUGCCCUGCAGAUAAUGCAUCAUGCACGCAGUGCCCAGCAGGCAUAGUUCUACUCAAGACCACUACUGACUCUUGCGGUUGUCCAACUACUACUUGUAUGUGUCCUCCGUGCCCACCGACCAACACAACCUGCUGCCCUGCUGGUCAACAGCCGAUAGUUCCACGCAACUCCAGACCAGAUGAAUGUACAUGCAUAUGUCAGGAUACUAAGUGCCAAAAUAGUUCGUGUGGUCCAGAUCAUACCAGAAUGCUUCAAGAUGCCAAAGCGUGCUCCGAUCAAACAGACGUUCUUCAGAUGCCACCUGUCUGCUCUCUUCAGGAUGAGGCAUGCACUCUACCAAGAUGUCAAUGUCCUCCACCAGCAAGCUGUCCGUCCCCGUUGGAGCGUGUUGUGAAGCGUAUUGCCAACCAUACCUACUCUCCUUCAUGUGACUGCUGUGAUGAGUAUGAAUGUGUGUGCCCAGCUCAACCAUCCUGCGCACCACCAAAAGAAGCGCAGUGUUCUUGCAAUUAUGAGCCUCAUCUUGUGCUUGAGGACUGUUGCUACGUCACAAAGUGCAUGCCAAAGUCAUCACAUGAAGACAUGCCGUGUGACUCCACGAAUACCUGUGAACCGGAAAAACGUCUAUGGGGUAAAGAACAAUGCUGCUAUACCUGUCCUUGUCCAACUUGCAAAGACUAUUGCGAAUGGACGCCACCGUCUGCUACCAUCAAGCGUUCUGCUAUUGCAGCAUCAUCGCACACUCUUCUAGACCAUGCUGUGAAUCGACGUGCUGCUGCCAGUAAGUGGCUUGAAAAGCCCAAAGCAGGUGAAGCUGGUCGCAGCUAUGUGGGCGCUUGAUCUGCUCUAUACCAGUAGAAGAGAUCUUACACAUUCAGUACCUAUCUACUGCGGAGUAUGCUCUGUACACACACCUUAGCUAUGUACUGCGGAGUAUGCUGUGUACACACACCGUCAUUACACACACCUUAGCUAUGUGAUUAGAUGUACAUGUAUGCUGUGCACACACACCAUCAUUACACGCAGUAGUAGCACGGCCAGGCCUCAGUACACAGACUUUUGUUCUUCAUUAUUUCUUGUUCACAUUUGAAUGCCACACUGCACCUGUUUACCUUGCUCAAUGCAUUCCUCCACAAUACAUUGCUAUGCAUUGGCAAUACAUUGCUAUGCAUUCCUCCACAAUACAUUGCUAUGCAUUCCUCCACAAUACAUUGCUAUGCAUUGGCAAUGAGCAGUUCUCUCUGUUCAACUUUUUUAAACUAGCACUACACAUGCACAUGUAAGCGUCGCGCAUUCAAUCAGACACUCAAGUGUUUGUUGUGGUGGCGAGCUGUGAGAGCACUUUCUGUCUUUGCCCCAGCCAGCAAUGUGCAGGUGUAUUUAAUGCAAAUGUCCACAUUCAUGCCUAUCUAUCGUUGUAUUGUCCUGCAUACCACUCUGAGCCAAUGCCACUAGCAUCCAUCGAUGCAAGCAGCCGAACUUCUGCAGCAACCUUCUGUCAGUCAACCCACUCACAUCACAAAAUUCUGUAUUUCCUCAGUUUGAAAAAAUCAAGUUUUCUUCCCUUCUA